CUCUCUUUCCCUCUCUCUCUAUAACCAUGUGAUUUACAUGUUUGACAAUGUUCGAUCAUAUCCCUCAGUUCCGGUUGCUAGGGAGGGAAGACAGUCAAAGGCAACGUUGUCCUCAAACCUCCAGCAGCCGAGACUUGAGAAACAGGAUACUCUAGUUUUAACAAUCCGAGGCGACAGUGAAGUGGACCGAGUGACCGCGCGCAACCGAUAGUUUUCAUAGUAGCCAAUAGAAAAUUCUCCAUCUUGUAAACAGACGACGGUCGCGUGACUUUGAGCAACAAGAUGACAACGUUAACGAUGCCGAAAAUGCAAUAAGUGCACAACCGUUGUCAUCAAAGCGCGAGUGAGUGAGAACCAAAGUGGACUUCGCUUUGCUUUUUCACUUUGCCGUUGGCCAGGUCAACACAUCACCAUCAUCACACAGCUGCGUAGCUGUCUGCGCGUCGCGCCGGGCUCCGAGUUGCUCUCUCGACGGACCAACCGGACAAUCAUCACGGAAAAGGACAUCCAGUGUAAAUCAGACCGUUUCCAUGCGGACCGAAAUCUGCGUCCUCACAUCAUCAGAUCCGUGGAACAGGUGACACUGACAUCUGCUCCGUCUGUUGGGCAGAAUUCAAGCUGAUCUGGGAUGAAAUGUCUGGAGCCUGCGGUUAUCGUCUGUCACACAGGGCAGAGAACGAAUCUACUGAACACUUCUAUGGAGUAAAGUAGCCGACUGAAGCGGACAGCAUUCCAAAUGAACAUAGGAUAUCCAAAUGGCGAGUCUGCAUCUGUUGGAAGUUUGUGGAGCCAUUUUAUCUGUUCUGGGAAGACAUGUAUAGUCUUACUUGCAUUGGUCGACUGCUCUGUCUGACCCAAAACAGAAACAAAGGGACUAUUUGUAUCGUAAAAAUUCAGCUUUAUAUUGUUGAGUUAAUUGAUUGUUGUUAUCACCACUACUUUAAUCAAUACUCAGCUGCUUUUGGUUGUUGAUAAUAAUCAAAUAAUCAAUUACAAAUCCAUCAAUAUUAUUAUAAUGUAUAGAUGUCAGUUGACAUCUCAUGUAAUGUGUGGUGGUCAGGGGCCUAUUAGCAGAGAAUAGUCAGGGACCUAUUAGCAGAGAGGAAUCACUAGCCUAUUAGCAGAGAGGAAUCACUGGCCUAUUAGCAGAGAGUAGUCGGUGGCCUAUUAGCAGAGAGUAGUCAGUGGCCUAUUAGCAGAGAGGAAUCACUGGCCUAUUAGCAGUGAGUAGUCAGUGGCCUAUUAGCAGUGAGUAGUCAGUGGCCUAUUAGCAGAGAGGAAUCAGGGGCCUAUUAGCAGAGAGUAGUCAGUGACCUAUUAGCAGAGAGUUAUCACUGGCCUAUUAGCAGAGAGUAGUCAGGGACCUAUUAGCAGAGAGGAAUCAGGGACCUAUUAGCAGAGAGUAGUCAGGGACCUAUUAGCAGAGAGUAGUCAGGGACCUAUUAGCAGAGAGGAAUCACUGGCCUAUUAAGGAACACGAUGCCCCCUGUUGCUGCGGGUCCUGCCACUGGCUCCUUUCUCCAACAGUUCAGAGUAGUAGCCUCCGACCGGGCUGACCAGCACCAGCCGUUCAGAGUAGGAGCCUCCGACCGGGCUGACCAGCACCAGCCGUUCAGAGUAGGAGCCUCCGACCGGGCUGACCAGUCUCAGAACCAGCAACAGUCUCUGUCACAGCCAGUCCAGCCCCAACCAGACCAGCCCCAACCAGACCAUCUUCAAACCCAGCCUCAGUUCAGAUUCAGAGCAACAGUCCAUAGUCAUACAGGUGUAGAGUCUCAGAACCGGCCUCAGACCCAGACCCCAGAUACAGCCUCGUACACGUCCUCAGACACUGUCCCAUCUUGACCAACCUCAGCUCCAGACUCAGCUCCAGCCUCAGCCCCAGCCUCAGCCCCAGCCAGUGUUGGAGCCCCAGUCUCAGCCCCAGCCUCAGCCCCAGACAGUGUUGGAGCCCCAGUCUCAGCCCCAGCCUCAGCCCCAGACAGUUUUGGAGCCCCAGUCUCAGCCCCAACCCCAUUUUAAGACGAGGCUUCAGCCUCAUCCCCUGAUUCCAUCCUGACUCAGCCAGUAUCCAACGGCAGGCUGUCGGGCCACGGGCGUAGCAACGGGCGUAGCAACGGGCACGGCAUGGGCAACUCCUCCAGGAAGGAGGAGGACGAGGAAGAGAAGGGGAAAGUAAUAGAGGAGGAGAAGAGGAGGAGGAGGAAGAAGAAGAUGAAGGAGGAGAUGGAAGACGACGAGCUGCCCCUAGGGGUGGAGGAGAUGCUGGCGAGCGGAGAUCCCGUCUUGGAUCUGAGCUAUAAAAAGUUCCGCAGGUUGCCCGGUGUGGUCUGUGGGCUACGUCACCUGGAGAAGCUGUAUGUGUGUCGUAACAGUCUGCGGACCCUCCCGGAGAACAUCGUCCAACUGAAGGGCCUCCGCAUCCUGGCUCUAGACUUCAACAAGAUGGAGAACGUCCCGUUGGCCAUCUGUCAGCUCCGUAACCUGACACGUCUCUACCUGGGCUCUAACCGCCUGAUGUCUCUCCCUCCAGAACUACGUAACCUUCAGAGUCUUCGCUGCCUCUGGAUGGAGAGCAACUAUUUCACACGCUUCCCCCGCCAGCUCUACGACUUACCCCACCUCAGGUCCCUCCAGAUGGGGGACAACAGGCUGCGGACUCUGCCCCCGGACCUGUGGCGUAUGGAGGCUCUGCGAGGGCUGUGGUUAUACGGAAACCGUUUCACCGAGUUCCCCCGUGUCUUACUCCGCAUGGUGGAUCUGGAGAUUUUAGACCUGGACAAGAACAAGAUCGAGGUGUUCCCUAAUCUGAGCCGGCUCCCCGCCCUCCGCCUCUUCUCCUAUGACCACAACCCAGUGGAGGGGCCUCCCGGCGUGGGGGAGGAGGUGCUGCUGGUGGGAGAGGGGGCCCAGGAGGAGCUGCAGGACCGAGUGGACAGGAAGGCUAAGAAGGAGCAGGAGGCGAGGGACGCGGAGGAGGCUGCGCUGGCCGGGGAUGGGCCUGUGAUCCAGGGCAUUCUAAAGACGGCCAAACAGAACAGUGCGUCGCACGCAGGGCACAAGCAUGACGAGGCCAUGCCCCUAACCGAGGAGGAGAGGAGGAAGAAGGAGAUGGAGGCGGAAUUAGAGAAGGCGUUGAACGACUACGGGGCGGGGCUUGAAUACGACUUGGAGGGGAUAGAAUACGAGAAGGAGUUUAUAUGUGAGGGGGAGGGGUAUGAUGGCGGGGAGUUGGAGUACGGACGAGGAGAUAUAGACUAUGAGUAUGAUGAGGGGGAGGAGCUAGAGGAACCAGGAAGACAAGUGGGCCGGUAUUGAUGACUGACUAACUUCUCCCCCUCCUAAGCCUCUGACUCCUCCUCUCCUAAGCCUCUGACUCCUCCUCUCCUAAGCCUCUGACUCCUCCCCUCCUAUGUCUAGACUUGUUUGAAAUUGCAGCAGACAUUGCAGGUGACGGACUGAUCUUACAGGUCACCUUGCAAAAUAAAUCACUACUUAGAAUUAUUUGUAGAUCAGUCAGUCAGUCACAAUUUACCCACAAUCCAUCACAGAUGUGACACUCUCGGACACAGCCUCUGACUACUGCAACACUCUCAGGGCUAUAGGAGGUGAUGUGAAGAAAAAAAAACACCCAGGAAUUAUCUAGCAAGGUUAUCAAAAUAGUUUUCCUCUGCCUUUCUUAGCUCCAGCUGUCAUAACAAUGCCCAACUAGAGGGUUGUUGAACUUUUAGUAAAUCUUGUGUGAAAUGAAUUAAUGACUAGCCUCCUGAACCUGUGGCUGUAAUAUAUGACUUUUUCUUUCUCUCUGUAGUUAGCAUUAGGACAGGGCUGACACUAAAUGACUAAACUCAUUAGAUGUUUUUCUAACUGACCUGUGAAGAUAUAUUAAUGCACUGCACGUUGUGGGAAUUGAAGGCUGGAUGGAUGAUGGCUGGCUGGAUUGAUGGAUGAUGGAUAGAUGGAUGAUGAAUAGAGGAUGGAUAGAUGGAUGGAUGAUGGAUGGAUGGAUGAUGGAUGGAUGGAUGAUGGAUAGACAGGAUGGAUGGAUGAUGGAUAGAUGGAUGGAUGAAUAGAGGAUGGAUGAUGGAUGGAUAGAUGGAUGGAUGGAUGAUGGAUAGACAGGAUGGAUGGAUGAUGGAUAGAUGGAUGGAUGAUGGAUAGAUGGAUGGAUGGAUGAUGGAUAGACAGGAUGGAUGGAUGAUAGAUGGAUGGAUGAUGGAUGGAUGAUGAAUAGAUGAUGGAUAGACAGGAUGGAUGGAUGAUGAAUAGAUGAUGGAUGGAUGGAUGGAUGAUGAAUAGAUGAUGGAUAGAUGGAUAGACAGGAUGGAUGAUGGAUAGAUGGAUGGAUGAUGGAUAGAUGGCUGGAUGGAUGGAUGACAGAUAGAUGGCUGGAUGGAUGGAUGACUGGCUGGCAGUGGCAUCUUUGCCAACUCUGCAAAGUGGCAGGACUCAGGUGAUGCUGUGUGUGUGUGUGUGUGUGUGUGUGCGUGUGCGUUUUGAAGUGGGGGUGAACAUAUUACCUUGUAAUGUGAUACAGUUUGUUUGGUCAAUUUCGUUAUGUGUGCAAAGGAAACCUAAUCUCGCCUCAUUAAAUAAUGAUUGAGUUUAUCAGGCUGGACUGAGUCAAUCAUUCAUUCACAGGCAGACCAGGGUAGCAUUUCAAAUGGCACCCUAUUCCCUAUAUAGUGCACUACGUUUGACCAGGGCCCCAUAGAGUAGCACACUAUAUAGGGAAUAGGGUGUGAUUUGGAACACCACCAGGAAGACCAGAGACCAGUAUCAGAGUAAGAGCGCUGAUCUAGGAUCAGAUUAGCCAUUUAGAUCAGAUUGUAUCAGAUUAUAUGGAGAAGGGGUGACCUGGUCCUAGAUCAGAUUGUAUCAGAUUAUAUGGAGAAGGGGUGACCUGGUCCUAGAUCAGAUUGUAUCAGAUUAUAUGGUGAAGGGGUGACCUGGUCCUAGAUCAGCACUCCUACUCUGAAGAUAAAACGGAUUACAUGGACCAGGAGAGAUCUGAUCCUAGGUAGGUCCAUAUAGGCCUAGUCAGUGGAAUAUAUAAAACAGCCACAUGUAAUUAAAGACAACUAACUAUUUUUUCC